UGUGGAAGUUGGGUCACUUGGGGUGGGCCUUGGGACGUGAUAGCAGAUUGGUCCUGGGUUCGAGUCCCUCCACAUGGCCAAGCAUGUGGGGAACAUUGUGGUUACAUCUUACUUAGUACUCGGCACACUACACCUAGAAUGAAUGCAGUGGAUGAAUAAGCAGCAGCGCAAGUUGUAUGAUGGAAGAGGAUAGUGGAAUAUUUGAACCAGGACCAAGUCAGGGGUUUUCCACAGAGAGAAGUAAAGUUCCUAUUUAUACUACAGAACAGGAUGAUAUACCUGUACCUCCUUCCAGACCAAGAGAUGAGGAUGGUGACUCUGAAUAUGGUGUUCAGCGAAGUAUAAGUUGUUCACAGUUGACAGCAUGGAACACCCAGCUCUAUGAAAAAAAUUAUGUUAUCUGUCCACUUCCUAAUUGUGGCUUAAUGUUUCAUGGUGCUCCACAGAUUCAAAAUCAUUAUGUCAACUGUAAUGGGAGAUGUGACAGUGCUGUGCUGAAGUGUAGCAGGUGCCAAGCCAUGGUUUUAAUGGAUCAUAUGCAUCAACAUAUGAAAGCCAUGCAUCAUUUAGAACAAUCUCGUCACCCAAGCAGUGAUUCUAGCAGUAGUGAGGUUGCUAGAGUGACAGGUGCCUUAGAAGGAAAAAGAUCUAGUCACAAGAGUGGAAGGCAUCUUGUAGCUUCUGCAACUGCAUCUGGAGCAACACCAGUAGUAUCAGAAGAUGAUGACGGAAGAGAUUUUCAUCAGUGUUCUACUUGUGGGACAUCAAAAUUGUGUCCAUCCUCGAAGUGAGUGUCCUCUUGAAAACAACUUUAUG